UUAACAGUGUGUAGUUAAUUCAUAAAUGUAUAGAACAUAUAAAGAAAUAGAUACUGUUUAGGAAGGCAUGUGAUUUUUGUAUGUAAUGCAGGUUUUUGGAACUAGCUAACACUUCCCAGUGAUGCAAAAUAAAGUUUAGUUAGAAACAGAUUUUGCAAACUCCAGUAUGUUUACCAGUUAAAUCACACCAGAUAGGGAAGUAUGAAUACUAUCUAUGUUAAAAACAAAUUAUAAUUACUACAGUAAAAGUUACAUUUUUCCUUAUUCUAAAAUAAGUUGGAUGUUGGAUCUGUUUCCAGCACUGCUGCUAUAACACUCUCAAAAAGAAUUGGUGGUAACACCUUUGCUACAAAAGAUGUUAGACCUACUGCGAAGGAUGUUAGUCCUGAUGGGAAACCUCUGAAAGGCAUCGGAGUGGCAGAGCUUUUUAUGAGGAACAGGCACCUUGGAAAACUGCAGUUUCUGCAUCUGAACAUUGCUAGCACUUGCCCUUACAGGCCCUACGAUCUUCAUGUUGUGCAGAAGAGCAAGGCAAAUCCAGAGCACUAUGUGUUCUCACCCUCUUCUGUGCUGCAUGUGCAGCCCAACCACAGCUCUGAUCUCACACCCCUGAGGGACUGGCACCGGGAAUCUAUACUCUGGAGUGCUCUGCAGAAAAUUCCUUUCUUCCGGAACUUCCUCAUCCGCAAGACAUUUACAUGCUGGCACAGAAAUGUUCGUCAGCUCCGUCUGCAUAAAAGAUGUGAGUCCUUACAGCGCUUCCUGCUGAUAGCCAUACCACAGUUCAGAGAGGCCCUUCUUCAGCUGUCCAGACUUAUUGAAGAACUGAAGAGAGUUCAUUGGCUGCCUCAGGAUGCCUCCCAGUCCUACACACUUAUGGAGUUCCAGAGCACUCUCUGUAGGAAACAUCAGGAGGCACGAGGACUGCUGGAACAAUUUCUGCACUACCGCACUCUCAUACUGCUCAUGGUCCAGGAGGACAGUUACAGGGUGUUCCAGAAACUGCAAACCCAGCUGGAGCACUUCAGGUUAGGUCUUGGGAGGGAGCCACUGUACCUGCAGGUUGCCCAGCACAGGGCCCUGGAGCAGAACCUUGAGCAAGCUGAGUGUGUCCUGCAGCGUCUGGGAAGCCUGGCCUCCCUCACAGGCCAUAUGAUAGUCCACACCAUGGUCACUAUUAUCGAACGAGAAGUCACUUCCUUUGUCAAUGACGUCAUGAAGAGUGGACAACCUGGCCGAGUUAGCCUUUUCCAGGCUCAGCUGGUGUUUGGCACUGAGAGUCAGCUGACUUUGUUUCCACCUGUCACGCUGUUUGAGGAGACUCUGUCAGGGGCCUUGCAGUCAGUGGCUAAUUCUGCUCUCCAGGUAUUUGACUCCUUCAGUUACACGGAAGAUAUAAAGGGGUUCCUGGCAGCAAGUAACUCCACAGUUUGUGCUCCCAGGGGGCCACAGGAGUGGAGUACCUCCAGAGGUCUAGGGGACACAGAAAACGAGCUGAAGGACAUUAGUCCUCUCAAAUUUCCUCCCAAGCUGGACUGUGGGGCUGCUCCAGAUCCUGGGCUGGUUUUGUCCACUCUGGGUCCUCUAAGAGUCCGGGGACAGAGGCUGAAAGCCCAGUACUACCCACUGUCCAGGUGCCAGCUGGAGUGGCACCUGAGUCUCAAUCCAGAAGUGCAGGAGGCAGAGAGAGAGCAGGAAAGGAUGAUAAAGAAGGCUCUCAGUGAAGUGCAGCAGUUCUGCAAGGAACACAGCUGGCUGUCUGAUAUUCACCAUUUCAUCAGCCUCUGGAGUCCCAAGUGCCUGGAGGGCUUGAGGGGCUGCACAGCCAGUCAGUAUGAUGAGCGUAUACAGGUGAUCAGAGGCUGGACUGACAAAGUAAAGACUGUGCCACAGAAGUUUACCACCACAAACAAGAUCAUGACUGUGGAGUGCAUAGAUGUCCAGAAGAUAGAGCCUGUGCUAUGUUCAAUUCAUGGAGACAUUCUGAGUCUUCUGACAUCUGAAGUGGAGCAGCGAUCAGAGACCUGGAUGUUGGAGUUGAAAAGGGCAGUGGGGACUCUGCGUGUGGCAAAUGCUGAUUUCAGUGCUUUUGCUCAAUAUGUCAGCAUGGUGAAAUGCUACCAGAAAAUGUUCUAUGACCUGCAACAGCAGUUGGACUAUGUGCACUCCCUUCAGGAGACCAUCCGCACGAACUACCGGCAGCUCAGCAAGGCUGAGGAAAGCAUGGAUGAGCAGAUGCUGGACUUGUGGGACAGUUUUGUGCCUCUUCUGCAGGUCGCAACUGAAACAGUCAGCACACGGCUUCCCUCCAUGGUUGAGACCCUGAAUAGCAUCUAUACCUCUUUGUCUGAGGAGCUACAGGGCCUUGUGUCCACUGCCACCACAGGCCAGUAUCUGCAGCCUUCCCAGUGUGCUGCAGUAGUGCUGGAGGAGCUGAAGGGAAUAGCUCAACAAUUCCAGACUGUGGCAGGAAAGCUAUAUGACCUGAACAGGACUAGCCAGAGCCUGACAGGAAGCCCACUGGACUUGUCUUUCAUCCCUUCUACUGAACGGAAGUUAGAGGCCAGAAAGGGUGUGUGGGAGCUCCUCAGCCAGGCCACAAUGCAGAUCAAUGAGUGGAAACGCAUUCUAUUCAGUAAGUUUGUGGUGGCACAUGCACAAGAGAAGGUUAAUGAUUGGCUCAAUCAGGCAUCCUUGCUGGUUCAAACUCUACCGGCCCAGGACAAUGUCUUCAAAGAGACCAUGCAGCUCAUUGAGAACUUCAGCCAGCAGCUGCCCCUACUGCUCAAGCUCAGCAGCCCCACACUCAAGCACAAACAUUGGAGACACAUUUUUAAAGGACUGGGUUUGAUGUAUGAGACUGAAUGGCACCUCACAGUUGCAGAUUUGCUCCCCAAAAGUCUGCUGGAGUAUCAGAACAGCAUCACCAAGGUCUGGCAAGAUGCGAAAGCCGAGGCGGACAUGGAACAGGCAUUCAGGAAAUUGCAGAGGAGGUGGAAUGUGGAGCACUUCCGCUUGGCUAAUUUCAUUGUGAAAGUGUGGCAAGAAGAUCCACCCCCUGACCGCUCUAAGAGGCCACCUAGUGGUCGCCUGCAUGAUGUGACAAGAAAGCAGCACUAUCAGGACAGUGGCACCUUCACUAUUAUAGGCUUUGAGAAUCUCCUGGCUCUUGCUGAGGACAGUGUGAUGACGCUCUCCAACAUGAUGCUAUCUCCUCACAUCUCAGAGUUCCGACAGGAGGUAGAGAACUGGGUGCACCUUCUUCAGGAAUUGGAAGAGCUCCUAGGUUUCUGGCAGCGAUACCAGCAGGAGUGGGUUUUCCUUAGCAAAAUAUUUUAUGAAACUGAAGUCAGCAUUCAGAAACCUGAGCUGGGAACAGAAACAGACGAGAUUGCAAUUCUGUCCUCUGCAGUGACACAAGAGCUUCAGGAGAUAGGUCUGCACUCAGAUCAAUGGACCAUCAAGAAUGUCCUCUCCCUUUAUGAAGCACUGAAGCUGUCAAGAGCUGUCAUCCUUGUGGGACCAGCAGGCAGUGGAAAGACUGCCUGCUACAGGACUCUGGUAGGAGCCUUAAGAAAACUGGCGGUCAAAACAGAGGAGGAAGACUAUAAUGAGGAGUGCAUGCAAAGUCCAGAGUCUGUGACUUUGAAAUCUAAAUGGAGUUCUGUGGACACUAUGGUUAUCUUCCCCAACAGUGUUUCAGAGGAGGAGUUUUCGGGAAUUUGUAAUCAUGAUGAGCAGCAUGGCGGUUGGUGGAGGGCAUUUACAAAGAUAUUGAAGGACUCUGAAAGACGAGAUUUCUCCACAAGAGAAAGACAAAAAAGCCAAACUCAUAAAGGAAAGUGGGUGGUGCUGGAUGGAGAGCCCUUGGCUGAAGGUUGGAUGGAUCAACUUAGCACUUUAUUUGAUCUUGAAGAUCCAUAUCUGUGCUUCUCCAGUGGUCAGAAAGUGAGACCUUCUCCUGAACAAGUCAAGUUACUCAUGGAAGUGACAGAGCUGGCCAGUGCUUCACCAUCAACUGUGACACGGUGUGGGAUAGUUUAUCACUCUGGGAAAGAAGUCUGGAAAGCCAUAUGGAAGGCAGAACUGGAGACACUGUACCGGGAAUUCUCUCUGGAUCAGACAACUCUGAGACUGUGGAAUAGGCUGGCAGAAGACCUGUUCUCAAGCACACUCAGCUUUCUUAAACACAAAGCACUUUCCCCAGUACUGCUUGAGGGCAGCAUCCUCAGUGCAGACAAGACAACGGCACAUGGAGUGCAGGAAGUGAUGUCAUUCACCAGGAUUCUGCAUUCUUUCCUAGAGCAAUAUCUCAUUGGGAAAGGCAAAGCGCUGCUGGCAGGACCCAGGAACAUAAACAAAACUGCUGAAAGUCCUUCAACAACUAAGUUGGAAGACCCUGGAAACCUAUUAUCUCAGAAGCAUCUUCAAGCCAAAAACAUAUUUGUGGUGUCAUAUGUCUGGGGUUUUGGAGGACAUCUGCAUCCCAAAUAUUGGUUGAGGUUUGAUGCCUUUGCCAGGAAGUCACUCUAUGAGAGCUGGUACAGCAUUGAAAUACCCCAGGAGGGGACUGUUUAUGAUUACUUGAUUAAUCAGAAUGAGGGAACCCUGGAGAUGAUGAACACUGGACUUUUAAACAGCAGGAUAAAGACCCCUCCCUUGUCAUACUCUAUACCACCACAGUUUGAGAAGUAUGCAUAUCUGCUGGAUGUACUGUUGGAUUCCAGACAGCCAGCCCUUUUAGUGGGAGAAACCGGGGCUGGAAAAACCACCUUGUCCCAGUCCCUGCUCAACUACGAACGUCCCCACGUGCGGCUCCCCAUUACCCCCUGCCUCAGAGCUGCUGACGUACGUAAUGUGCUGGAGAACAUGUGGAGCCCCAGGGCUAAGCUCUCAGCAGCAGGACUGUCCCCUGCGGGAAGCAAACAGUCUUGCCUGUUCAUAGAUGACCUCCAUCAUACCACAUGUGAUGUUGGUUCAAAAAUUUCAUCUGUGCUGGAGACCUUACGACAGUGCAUGUCAAAGGGUGGUGUGCUCACUUCAGAUGGUUACCACUUCAAGCUUUUAAACUCGGGUGCUGUGAGUUAUUUGGCUACCUGUGUUUCGCCUGAGUGCUGCAGUUCUAUGACAAUUUGCAUUUCUCCCCGUUUCUUCCGUCUCUUUUCUGUGCUCACCUUGCCAAGCUUAGUCACAGAACACCUAUUGUCUAUACACUCUCCCAGGGUGUUACACUGGCUGAAGGACUUGCACAUCACUGCUGUGUCACAAUACACAGAAUUAGCUAGCUGCAUUAUUGGUGCCACUGUUGAUCUCUACAGUGCUGUGAAAGAAAACUUUCCACCCCAUCAACAACAGCCAUACCUUCUGUUUUCCUACCAUGAUCUCCAGAAGGUAUUCCAAGGCAUGUUUCUUUGGACUCCUCGUACCACAGCACGACAGUAUCCUCAAGGAAAGACCAGCUCACUGGGAACAGAUUCUGCCCUGGGUUUUGCCAACAUUUCCUCAACACAUGGUUCUUUAGCUGCUGUUCUGAAUAUUACCCGUCUCUGGAUUCAUGAAUGUUUUCGCACUUUUGGAGAUCGUCUCUCAUCAGAGAAUGAGAAAAGAGUUCUAGCAUCUUUGUUAAAUAAAGUUUCACAGAAAUAUUUCUGCCCCAAAGAAUCUGAUUCUCAGAAAACCAAAGGGGAAAAUGAGUCAUGUGCAAUGCCAUCAGAAAACAAUCAAAACUCAGAGAAAUCAGAAAUCAUCCUUCCUCUGCCUGACAAAGAUGAUCAGAGUGAAGAUAUCAUUUCUUCUGAUUCAGAGACCUGUCAAGUCCAGUCUGAAGGUACUGUGGGUGACUUGACAAGUGUAGAACUCCCAGCAUCCUCACUGAAGACUGAGACUGAGGAGUUUGUGUACUCAUCUGAAGAAGAAAGUAGUGCAAGCACCAUCACUCCCAUAGAGCCCCUGGAGAGUAAUUUAGAGAUUUGUAGUGAUGAAGACGUGAAAAAGAUUCCAGCUGAAACAUGUGAUAAAGACAAUAUAAAUACCAGCUCUAGAGAUGAUGAACGGAAGUCUUUAUACUUGAAAGAAUCUUUUGCUAAAUCCUUGAUGACAACUACAAAAUCCACCUUUUCUGAUAGUGUGCAAAGUUUGAUUUUACAGCCAUCUCCUCCUAAACAAGGCAAGCACCCUAGAACAGCUGAUAAAAAUAUAAAAAGAAGAGACAACUUGGGAAUAUAUUUUAAACUAAGCAUUGUUAAUGAAGUGCCAAACCAAAAGAUAACAAGUUUUCUUCUCCCCAUCCAGUUACUUCAGGGUGUUGAUGCAAAGGAUAUAAUCUUCAGCACAAACUUCUGUGAAUCACUGCAGUCUCCCACUCAGCAGUACAGCCUCAAACGUAGCUCUGUAUAUCAGGAAAAAGAUAUGGAUCUUCUUAUUCAACAGCUGUCCUCUUUACUGCAGUGGCAGUGCCGAGAGGAGAUGAUUGACAAAGGUUUUGUUUCUGGGCCUGAAUCUAAAUUAGCUAUCUUCAGAGAGAGAGUACAACAGCUGACCCAUAUUCUAAGAGUCCUGCUGUUACCUAGAGGUCAUGCAGCCCUUUUUGGAAUGGGCAAGGGCACUGGCCGAAAGACACUUGUACGAUUUGCUGUAAGCUUCUCUGGCUACCGGCUGUAUGACGUAAAUCCCAACAAUGAGACAGAGGUCAGUGAAAUCCUGAAGGAGGCCAGCGACCACGCUGGGGUCUUUGGUGGAAGAGUAGUAAUUCUGGUGCACGAGGAGGUCAGUCAGUCUGUCCUAGAUAAGCUCUUGGCUGUGAUGGCAGAAGGCACUUUUCCAGGUCUCUACAACAAGGAUGAACUGAGUGCUGCAGUGCAGAAAAUAACAGCCUUGACGAAGAACACAAAGAACAGACUCGGAGAAGAACAGGUGCUAGAAAGAUAUUAUAAACAUGUACAGAAGAACCUGCAUGUUUUCAUCAUGUUGAGCCCUAAAUGCCAAAAACAUGCUGAACCCCUAAAAGAAAAGAUGCUUUCGGAGAUCUUCCUAAGCAGACUGCUAAAGCUGUGCAGUUGUGUGGAGAUGUUCCAGCCCUUGUCAGCUGAAACUCUGUCAGAGGUGGCUGCCAGCCGUCUACAGGAUGUUAUUCUGCCACCUGAAGAGGAAGGCAAAGGUGAGGAAGCAUGUUCAUUGGAAGUUCUCACUAAAUCUAUGGCCACCAUUCACCAGUCUGUCUUGAGAUAUGUUACUCACCAGGUACCAGGACUGCACCUCUUCAGUCUGCAGGUGUUUUUGGAGUUUACAGAGCACUUUCGUGAUAUAUUCACACAUCUGUGGCAGCAGGCCAGGGCCCAGGCCAACCGUGUUGCAACAAUCCUGAGAAGACUGAAGAUUUUAACAAAUACAGCGAAACAAUCCAGCCAGGAAGUGCUUUUUGUUCGGAAUGAGCUUAAGGUAGCACAGGAGCUUCAGCAGCAGCUCCAGCGUGAGGUGGAUGCUCAGAGGAUCCUGUGUGAGCAAACCAGGCAGCGCUGUCUGCAAGAGGAGAACAUUCUCUCUGAUCUCUCAGAGCAGCUGCAGCAGGCCCAGCAUGAGUCCCAGGAAGCUUUCCAGCAGCCCAUUCCUGGUCCCCAGGUCAGUUCCCUCUACCAGGCUGCACUGGAUGCUCUACAUUCCCUGACAGUGGCUGAUAUUGAGGAAAUCAGAUGUUAUCGAGUGCCACCAGAUGGAGUUGUUAUGGUGAUGAAUGCAGUAUGUUUGAUGUUUGGAAGGCCAAGAAACUGGGAAAGCAGCAAGCAACUCAUUGGACAGACCAGCUUCUUUCAGGACCUGGAGUUUUAUGACAAGUCUGGCAUCACAGACUCCCUGUUUACAGCACUGGGCAGGAUUGUUGUGCAGCCCGAGUUCCAGCCCGCAGUGGUUCGGGAGGCAAGUCGGGCCUGUGAAUCCCUCUGUCUGUGGUUGCAUUCCAUUUACCAAUAUGCCUCAGUACAACGACACUUGGCUCCGCAGCACAACCGGGUGCAUCAGGUGGAGGAGCAUAUGGUGAAGUCCCGCAUCAGGCUAGGCCAGGAGAGAGUGCAGGAGGAGGCAGCUAGGGAGUGUCUGGAGGAGUUGGAGAAGCAGUACCAGGGGGCGUCUCAGCAUGUGGGGGAGCUUACCCUGCAGCUACGCCAUGCAGAUGCCAGGGAAAGGGAGGCACACAGUGCUGCCCAGCUGAUGCACAGCCACAUAACAAACUGGACUGCUGCUGCCAAGAAAGCAACUGAGGAUAAUCACAAUGCUGUAGGAGAUGCCCUGGUCCUGGCUGCUGCUGCAUCCUAUCUUGGCCCCUUUAAUCCAGACGUCAGGCUAGAGAUGUUGGAAAAGUGGCAAGAGCUGUGCCACACAGGAGAGAUGCAACUGAAUCCUAGGGAUCAAAGGCACGAAGUCCUACCCACCACAGUGCCCCCUGUUCCUAGGAACAUUGUUCUCAUCCCAGUGAGCAAGGAGCUGCCCUUGUCCAAGGCUCUAGGAGGCUGUGUUAGUGCAUCUGAAACUUUCUCCCACAGACCAGUCUUGCAGCUAGUAAUCAGAAGAUCUAGGUGCCCAUUUGUCCAGCGGUGGCCACUGCUGGUGGGAUCAGCACAACAGGCCAAAUCCUGUGCAGAGGCCAUCCUAGAGGAGCACUUGUCACAUCUGGACUUAGAGAGCUCCUCACAGCCUGACACCUGGAUGGUCCUGUGUGCUGAUGACCCUACUCUGGUGGAGAAGAUACAGAAGGGAGCUGAGAGGGGUCUAGUGGUUCUGGUGACUGACGUGGAGAGAGUAGUGCUUUCUCCAAAACUCCUGGACUUCCUGCAGAGAAAGCCAGAGAAAUGGGCGUCAGGGCUCAGAACAGACUCUAUGGCAGCCCAUCAUCACUUUACAUUGUUCCUCAGCACUCAUCUGCCAGUCAGGGCCCUGGCACAAGAAUUAGAUUCUAAUAUCUUAAAGGUGGUGAAUGUAAUUGACAUUAGUUUGAGCCAAUCAGAACUGGAGGAGCUCCUCCUUAAAGAGCUUGUGCUGUCAGAGUGUCCAGAAGUCUGGGGCCAGAGGAGGACAGUACAAAUGGAGAAACUGCAGAUUGUGAAUAGAAUGCAGGAGGUGGAGGAUUCUUUAGUGGAGUACAUCCUCCAGUCUCUCACACCUCUCCUGGAAGACCCUUGUUUCCUCUCCCAUGUGUCUGAAUGUCAGAAAACUAUGUCCGUCCUGCAUCAAGACUUAAAGGAGGUGUCUGUAGAGUUGCAGCACCAUUGUGUACUACUGAAGGACUUUGAUGGAGUCGUUAAACUUGGAAGUGCUCUGUAUCAAGCCCUGCAGGAAGUCUCACGGCUCUCUCCCCUUUACUUUUUUCCUCUCCAGCCUUUUCUACAGCUGUUCAAAGUGGCAUUGGGCCACAAUGGGAGGACAGAGGGGGCAAAUGGGGGAGAGUUCACAAGCGCCACUAUGGCAGAGAUUACACACAGGAUAGUGUCUGAUGUCCUGUCCCACUAUCGGCCAUGUCUGUUCCAGAGUCAUGCCAGAUUCUUCCAGUUGUUAGUUUCUGUAGCUCUGAUCAGGCACAAUGAUGAAUGCACAUCCCUGGAGCAGCAAAUCUUCUUAAAAGGCCUGAAAGAUGUGGUCAGUUCUCUAGAUCUACAUAGCACCAGCACACAUCUCGUCAAAUGGGUAGAUGAGCACACCAUGAGGGAAAUAUGUUAUUUGGAAAAUCUAACUGCUUUUAAGGGCUUGAGCUCUUCCCUACUUCACCUGUCUGAGCAAUGGCAAGAGUACUUCAAGUUUCCCUCAUCCACUGUGAUUGGACCUGUCCCCUGCUCCUCUUAUGCUCAACUUUCUACUCUUCAGAAGGCAGUACUAUGGAAGACAUUGCAUCCUGAGUGGCUUUUUGCUGUUGCUGAGGACCUGGCUUACACCCAGUUGGGCCAAACCCUGGCAUCUGUAGAUUAUGCAACUACAGAGAUCUCUUCACAGCUCUUGAACCUGCCGGCAAUUCCAGUUAUUUUUCUCUUGCCACAAAAAGGAGAUCUGGGUCCUUCAACACAUCCACUGUACUGGAUAGAGCAGGCUGUGAAGACACAGGCAAAUCAGGUGAGGAUCCAUGUAAUUUCUUUUGGCUCCCAUUGCCAAAGAGAAUCUACUCUGCAUACCCUAGACACCUGCACCAGGGGAGGUCAUUGGCUGGUCUUCAACAACUGUCACCUACUGGACCAAUGGGACAGUGAGUUAGUCUCCCAGCUCUCCAAGUUGUUUUCCCAGACAGCCAGAGGUAAGCCUGUGGACCCCUGGAAGGAAGACGCAGAUGAUGCAGCCCCUGCAGCCCCUCUAGCGUGUGGAGAGAGACCUAUCCACCCGCAGUUCAGACUGUGGUUCAUCACACGGAGCGAUGCUCCACAGUCUAUCCCAGCUGCGGUGAAGGCCUGUGCCUUGCGACUAGCCUGCGACUCUCCCUGGGAGCUUAAGGAGACACUGUGCAGCUCACUGAGGCAGGCUGCCGCUGGUCCCUGCCCCCCUGCUGACCUACAGAUCCGCUGUGCUGUACUGCACUCUGUCCUGCUGCAGAGACAGAACUACCGUCAGAUUGCGCAGGGACAUCUGCACUGCUGGACCCAAGAGGAUCUGCUUGCUGUCUUGAAUGCUUGGGAAAAGAUUGAGAGACUGUGUGAGGACCCAGUCCAAGCCCUGGAGUUCAUAGCAGGUAGAAACGUAUACCAAAGGCUCAGGAAGCUGAAUCUGGUUUGUCAGGUGGACAAAUACAGCUUUACAAGGUUAUGGUAA